AUGACCUCCAAACUCAUUUUUCUGUCGAGAUCUGACUUCCACAAAGCCCUUAUCGACACAAACAAGUCGACAACUGAUAAGUGGGAUGUGGUUGUGAGCUAUUCUCAAGAUAAACUUCAGCCUCUUUUGACAAAGUACUGGUCGGAAGUAAUUGGGGAUACCAGUGUUACUGUCGUCCACUCGACGGGGCACAGCAGCUAUGACCGCGCCACAACAUACAAGCUCAAUCUGGGACCGCCCCAGUUUGAAUUUGACAAAAAGAUCGUCGAUGGGGGAAGUAUCUCUAUGGCAAGGAUUACAUGGCCAUUCACUGGAACCGCACAUACGAAACUCAACACCGGGGUCGAUGUAGGGGAGAAAACGUUAACUGCUGAAGAUGGUUUUUCUACGACUGUUACAACGCCAAUCCACGCAAUUAGCAGUGGUGACGACGACAAACAGGCAAAGUUUCAUCCGAGUCAUAAUGUGCCUGUAGAAUAUACUAACAUUCUACAGACAAGUAACCACAUGAUCGAGUUCACAGACGGCACCACGUCUUCUUAUCAUGUCAUCCUUCAAUUUGCUUCUGCCGAAGACACUACGUGGAAAGUCAAUGUCAAGAACACCUCAAGCGAUUCAGCCGAGGACCUGCAAGACUCGGCAGCAGACAUUGGACUGGAGUUGAAUAACCAGGAAAAGGUGAAGGGGUUUCAGUUCACGCUGGGAGAGGUGAAGAACACACCAAAUCCAGCAGACUACGUCCUCACACCUCAAGCAUUCAAAUUCAGUGCAGACAAGGGCAUUUUGAGUAUUUUCAUCCACGUCAAAGGAGGGGAUGGAAAAGGCGCCAAAGAAGCGCCUCAGUUCCAGCUCACCCAUGACAGUCUCAUCGCUCCCAUGCCCGACGGAUAUGAUGCUAGUAUCAUCAUAUCCAGGAGACUUAUACGCGACAAAUACAUGAUUCCUCAAAUCCAGGACAAGUGCAAAGACUUCCUUCGUGAAACCGACGGUGUCCUCGCACGUGACGGGCCCCUUAGUCCUACUGUUGGUUUGAAAUUCAAGAAUGAAAGGGUCUGGUCGGGGUUUACUACCGGGCCUAGUAUAGUGGUUGUAACCGAGGGAUACGUAACGGUUGACUGGGACAAGUAUCCACUCAUUCUGGAACUGUUUGACGAUAAAUCCACUCUACAAUCACACUACAAAUGGACAUGGGACAAUGCACAGGUUACCUUGCACUACCGCUACGCUACUCCCAGGAGUGGGUGGUUAGACUGGAGAACGACUUCAAUUCAAGGGAGCAUGUCCAUGAAUUCAUCCCCAGUGGCCACUGUCAAGAAUAAGGACGAGUUGGAGUUCAAGAUCUCCUUUACCGACAGUAACCAGCCCGAUGCAUCGUUCAACGACAUUGGUCCCGACAAGCUGGGCGGUUCAGUGCAGUUCAAGACAUUCACCAUGGGCCUCCCUGAUAUCAACUUCUUCCGAACCCAGAACAUCCUUGCUCCUGGCCAGCAGUUCAUCACUGCUAAAGAUACCAUGUGUCCUUGUGAUUUGUUUAUUCUGGGCUCAGUGGAGGAGCAGAAGAAAUAG